AUGGAUGAAUCAAAACUUGAUGAUACUUUAAAAAUGGUAAUAAGACUUAAUGAUUCAGAAAUGACAAAAGAAUGGCAUGUUUUUUAUACAACAAUUGACAUAUUUUCAGAAACAGAAAUUAAAUUAACUAAUCACCUUAUAAGAAAUAUGUGCUAUUCAAAAGGCAAAAGACAAGGCCAGAUUCUAUUUGCACAUUUGCAAAAUAAAGCAGCUGAAUUUAUAGAAUCUUCUAUUUAUAAACCUAACUCCUCUGCUGCAGCAUUAACUAAGGAAAAUGCUUCUUUAAAAAAACAAGUUCAACAAUUAAAAAAAAAGAAUUUAGAUGUACUUCAUCAAAUAAAAUCACUUGGUAGCAAACUUGAACAUGUAAGAAAGAAACAAAAUAAUCAGAUUUCAAAAGUCCGUGCUAAUGCAAGAAGAAAAAAAUCUUUUUUUUGCAAUUUAAUUAAAUCAUAUCCUAAUUCACUUUUUCUUGAUAACAAAAAGCAUUAUAGUAGUAAAGCAAUAGUAUUGACUAUAUGCUUAUUUCAAAUAGGAAAAAUGUCUUUUCAUGAUACUAUACAUUAUAUGCGAAUUUUUACAGAAUAUUUAACUAAUAAAUCUGUAUCUACAAUAUUUUCUUUGAACUUAGUUAUAUGCUGGAAUAAGGAAAUCUUAAAGUUAACAAUAACAAAUGAAUUUAUGCACUGCAAUAAUUCAGAAUUCUAUAAUCUUGGUAUUUUAGCUGAUAAGUUGACAAGAGACUCUACAAAAGUUUUGUAA